GCCUGCGCGACUCCUCCCCCGGCCCGGCCCGGCCCGGCGCGGGGUCCCUCGGCCGCUCUGCCGCUCUGCCACUCUGCCACCGGCGGCGGCACCGGGCGCUGCCCGCGGGGCCGCGGCGGGACGGGGCGCAGCGAGCGCCUCACCGCAGCCUCCUCGCCAGGAUGAACGGGACGGCCAACGUCAACCCCACCGGCCGCGGCCACUAUGCCUCUGCCAUCCCGGUGCCCUGUGCCGUGGCCCACGGCAAACCGCACGCCGUGGCCCCCCCAAGCGCCUCGGGGCUCCCCAUCCCCCAUGGGGCUCCGUCCCCCCGGCCAGGGAAGGCAGCGGCCCCCGGCCCCAAGCCCCCCAAGCCCAAAGGCGCUGGCAGAGCCGCCGGCCGUGAGCUGGCCGAGGGCAGGGAGGGCAGCCCCGGCGUCCCCCCCCGCGGGGGGCAGAAAGCCCCGGCGAGGUCCCUGAUGUCCCCCGGAAAGUGGCCAGAGGCAGCGGGCAGUGGGAGGAGAGGGGUGGGCAGGGCUGGGGAGCCCCCCGAGCCGCCCAAAGCCCCCCUGGUGCAGGGCAGGGGUGGGGGGCGGCCAGGGGGGUCCCCUGGGAAGGGCAGUGGGGUGGCCGUGGUGGGGACAGGGGAUGAACUCCAUGGCGGCUCGCUGCGCAGGGGCCCUGAGUUCGGGUCGGGGGCCAUCACCUUCUCCUCAGGCCCCCCCCACAGCCACCCUGUCACCGCCACCGUGGCACCCUUCCGGUACCGGCUGCAGGAGGACCCGGAGGAGGAGAGGGCCACAUCCCUGGGUGAUGAGUGCCCCGGUGCUGCGAAGGUCCCUGACCCUGACCCCAAACCCGGAGGCCUGACAGCAGCAGCAGCAGCAGCGCCCGGCGGGUUAAAUGGUUGCAGCGCGGGGAUGCUGGGGAGCAACCUCAAGAGCCUUCCCGACGUGGAGCUGGGCGAGGAGGAGCGCGGCUACCGGCGGGGCCCCGACGGCGGCGCGGUGAUGCCGAGGCGGGCGAAGUCGGCGGCGGCAGCGACGGGGCCGCGGGGCGCGGAGCUCCGCGUCUUCAAGGCGAGCAGCGCGGAGGGACGGCUGCCGGCCGGCUCCAACCUGCGCAAGCAGAAGUCGCUCACCAACCUGGCCUUCCUCACCGACGCCGAGAAGAAGCGGCAGCUCUACGAGCCCCGCUGGAGCGACGACAUGGCCACGGCGGCGGCAACGGGGGCGGCGGCGGGGGGGGGCGGCCGGGGCGGCGGCGGCCACCGCGGCCGGGAGGCGCCCGCCAUGUCGCGGAGCCUGUCCCGCUCCGAGCACUCGCUGCUGCCGCCGCGCCCCGCCGGCCCCGCCAAGCCGCCGCCCGCCGGCAAGCCCAGCCGCAUCCCCCGCGGGCCCUACGCGGAGGUGAAGCCCCUCAGCAAGGCCCCGGAGGCGGGCGGGGGCGGCGGAGGCGGCAAGUGCGACGACGAGCUGCUGGGCGGGAAGGGGCCGGCGGUGGCAGCGGGCGCUGAGGAGAAGCCCUACCUGAAGGUGGACCCCGAGCUGGUGGUGACGGUGCUGGGCGACCUGGAGCAGCUCCUCUUCAGCCAGAUGCUCGACCCCGAGUCCCAGAGGAAGAGGACAGUGCAGAAUGUGCUGGACCUUCGUCAGAACUUGGAGGAGACCAUGUCCAGCCUGAGGGGCUCUCAGGUGUCUCACAGCUCCCUGGAGAUGACCUGCUACGACAGCGAUGAAGCCAACCCUCGAAGCGUCUCCAGCCUGUCCAACCGCUCCUCCCCACUGUCCUGGCGCUACGGGCAGUCAAGCCCGCGCCUGCAGGCAGGGGAUGCGCCAUCGGUCGGGGGGACCUGCCGCUCUGAGGGCACCCCUAGCUGGUACAUGCAUGGCGAACGGGCGCACUACUCGCACACCAUGCCCAUGCGCAGCCCCAGCAAGCUGAGCCACAUCUCCCGCCUGGAGCUGGUCGAGGCGCUGGACACCGAUGACGUGGAGCUGAAGUCAGGCUACAUGAGUGACAGUGAUCUGAUGGGGAAGACCCUGACAGAGGAUGACGAUAUCACCACAGGCUGGGAUGAGAGCAGUUCCAUCAGCAGCGGCCUCAGCGAUGCCUCGGACAACCUCAGCUCGGAGGAGUUCAACGCCAGCUCCUCGCUCAACUCCCUGCCCUCCACCCCCACCGCCUCGCGCAGAAACUCAGCCAUAGCGCUGCGCACGGACUCAGAGAAACGCUCGCUGGCAGAGAGCGGGCUGAGCUGGUACGGUGAGGGUGAGGACAAGGCGCCCAAGAAGCUGGACUACGACAGCAGCAGCCUCAAAAUGGAGCACGGCUCCUCCAAGUGGCGGCGGGAGCCCUCGGAGGGCGGUGAGGAGGGGCCCAAGGGUGGCGAGCUGAAGAAGCCUGUCAGCCUGGGCACCCCAGGCUCCCUCAAGAAGGGCAAGACCCCUCCGGUGGCCGUGACCUCCCCCAUCACCCACACGGCCCAGAGCACCCUCAAAGUGGCAGGCAAGCCCGAGACCAAAGCCACCGACAAGAGCAAGCUGUCUGUGAAGACCACAGGCCUGCAGCGCUCCUCCUCCGAUGCUGGCCGUGACCGUGUCGCCGAUGCCAAGAAGCCACCCUCGGGUCUCACGCGCCCCUCGGCCUCCGGCUCCUUCGGCUACAAGAAACCAACUCCCACCACUGGCACGGCCACCGUCAUGCAGGCUGGGGGCUCAGCCACGCUUGGCAAGAUCCAGAAGAGCUCUGGCAUCCCCGUCAAGCCGGUCAGCGGGAGAAAAACAAGCCUGGAUGUCUCCAACGCAGCUGAGCCGGGCUUCUUGGCUCCAGGGGCUCGUUCCAACAUCCAAUACCGCAGCCUGCCCCGGCCAGCCAAGUCCAGCUCCAUGAGUGUGACUGGUGGUCGCGGUGCGAACCGGCCAGUCAGCAGCAGCAUCGAUCCCAGCCUGCUGAGCACCAAGCAGGGCAGCAUCUCAGUGUCACGGCUCAAAGAGCCAUCCAAGAUUGGUGCUGGCCGUGGCGCACCAGCCCCUGUGAACCAGACGGACCGCGAGAAGGAGAAGGCCAAGGCCAAGGCGGUGGCGCUUGACUCUGAGUGUGGGACACUGAAAAGUGUCAGCUCACCUGAGAGCACCCCAAAAGCCCAGGCCAACCUCCCGCCGGUGGCCAAGGUGGCUGAGCUGCCCCCCACACCUCUCAGAGCGGCUGCCAAGACCUACGUGAAGCCUCCCUCACUGGCCAACUUGGACAAGGUCAACUCCAACAGCCUGGACUUGCCCUCUUCCAGCGAGCUGCACCCCCCACACACUGCCAAGCUCCAGGAGCUGCACCCGGCCGGCGGGCACCUUGCGCCCUGCUUCAGCCCCAGUCCUGCCCCCAUCCUCAACAUCAACUCGGCCAGCUUCUCCCAGGGCCUGGAGCUCAUGGGUGGCUUCAGCGUCCCCAAGGAGGGCAGGAUGUACCCCAAGCUCUCAGGCCUGCACCGCAGCAUGGAGUCCCUGCAGAUGCCCAUGAGCCUGCCCAGUGCCUUUUCAGGGGGCAGCACCACCACCCCCACCCCUGCUGCUGCACCCCCUGCCAACACGGAGGAGGAGGAAGAGGCAGGGGAGCUGGGCUGGAGUGGGAGCCCCCGGCUCGCACAUCUGGACAGUACCAACCGUGACAGGAACACACUGCCCAAGAAAGGGUUGAGGUACCAGCUCCACUCCCAGGAGGAGGCCAAGGAGCGGCGCCAUUCGCAGGCCGUCAGCAGUGGGCUCCCUGAGUCGGACGACCAGCAGGAGCUGCCCUCGCCCCCCGCCCUCCCCAUGGCGCUGGUUGGGAAGGGUCCGCUCACCAGCAUCGUGAGCCCCACUGCUGCCGCAGCCCCGCGGAUCACCCGCUCCAACAGCAUCCCCACCCACGACUCCACCUUCGAGCUGUACAGCACGUCCCAGAUGGGCAGCACCCUCUCCCUGGCUGACAAGCCCAAGGGCAUGAUCCGCUCGGGCUCCUUCCGGGACCCUGUGGAUGACGUUCAUGGAUCGGUGCUGUCCCUGGCCUCGAGCGCGUCCUCCACCUACUCCUCUGCUGAGGAGAAGAUGCAGUCUGAGCAAAUCCGCAAGCUGCGCCGCGAGCUGGAGUCCUCGCAGGAGAAGGUGGCCACCCUCACGUCCCAGCUGUCUGCUAACGCCAAUCUGGUGGCAGCUUUUGAGCAGAGCCUGGUGAGCAUGACGUCCCGCCUGCGGCACUUGGCUGAGACUGCUGAGGAGAAGGACACGGAGCUGCUGGACCUGCGAGAGACCAUCGACUUUCUGAAGAAGAAGAACUCAGAGGCUCAAGCUGUGAUCCAGGGGGCCCUGAACGGCACUGACGUCACCCCCAAAGAGCUGCGCAUCAAGCGGCAGAACUCCUCUGACAGUAUCUCCAGCCUCAACAGCAUCACCAGCCACUCCAGCAUUGGCAGCAGCAAGGAUGCCGAUGCCAAGAAGAAGAAGAAGAAGAGCUGGCUACGCAGCUCCUUCAACAAGGCCUUCAGCAUCAAGAAGGGACCCAAAUCAGCCUCAUCCUACUCUGACAUAGAGGAGAUUGCCACGCCGGACUCAUCGGCCCCCUCCUCCCCCAAGCUGCAGCACGGCUCCACAGAAACUGCCUCGCCCUCCAUCAAAUCCUCCACGUCCUCCUCCGUGGGCAUUGACACAGCUGAGCUCUUCCAGGCCCACGGCGAGGGUGAGCCAGAGAAGAAGGAGGUGUCAGAGCUGCGGUCAGAGUUGUGGGAGAAGGAGAUGAAGCUUACAGACAUCCGCCUGGAGGCCCUCAACUCGGCCCACCAGCUGGAACAGCUGCGGGAGACCAUGCACAACAUGCAGCUGGAGGUGGAUCUCCUGAAGGCCGAGAACGACCGGCUUAAAGUGGCUCCGGGGCCCUCGGCAGUGCCAGGCUCUGUUCCCGGCCACGUCACGAGCACAUCGGCCUCCUCUUCACCACGGCGUUCCCUGGGUCUUGCCCUUGGCCAUGCCUUCAGCCCCAGCCUGGGGGACGCAGACGUGUCCCCCAUGGAUGCUGUCAGCACUGGCACCCAGAAGGACGAGCUGAUGCUGCGGAUUGUGGUUCGCAUGCCGCCCCAGCACAUCAUCAAGGGAGACCUCAAGCAGCAGGAGUUCUUCCUGGGCUGGACCAAGGUGAGCGGGAAGGUGGACUGGAAGAUGCUGGAUGAGGCUGUCUGUCAGGUCUUCAAGGAUUACAUCACCAAGAUGGAUCCUGCUUCCACACUGGGUCUCAGCACCGAGUCUGUCUACGGCUACAGCAUCAGCCACAUCAAGCGGGUUCUGGACACGGAGCCGCCAGAGCUGCCGCUGUGCCGCCGGGGCCUGACCAGCAUCGUCGUGACGCUCAAAGGCUUGAAGGAGAAGUGUGUGGACAGCCUGGUGUUUGAGACGCUCAUCCCCAAGCCCAUGAUGCAGCAUUACAUCAGCCUCCUGCUGAAGCACCGGCGGCUCAUCCUCUCGGGACCCAGUGGCACUGGCAAGACCUACCUGACCAACCGCCUGGCCGAGUACCUGGUGGAGCGCUCGGGCCGGGACGUCACCGAGGGCAUCGUCAGCACCUUCAACAUGCACCAGCAGUCCUGCAAGGACCUGCAGCUGUACCUCUCCAACCUGGCCAACCAGAUCGACCGGGAGACGGGCACGGCAGAUGUGCCGCUGGUGAUCCUCCUGGAUGACCUCAGCGAGGCGGGCUCCAUCAGUGAGCUCGUCAACGGCGCGCUCACCUGCAAGUACCACAAAUGCCCCUACAUCAUUGGGACUACCAACCAGCCUGUGAAGAUGACCCCAAACCAUGGCCUCCAUCUCAGCUUCAGGAUGCUGACCUUCUCAAACAACGUGGAGCCGGCCAAUGGUUUCCUGGUGCGCUACCUGCGGCGGAAGCUGCUGGAGUCAGACACAGAUGUUAACGCCAACAAGGAGGAGCUGCUGCGUGUGCUGGAUUGGGUGCCCAAGCUCUGGUACCAUUUGCACACCUUCCUGGAGAAACACAGCACCUCUGACUUCCUCAUCGGUCCCUGCUUCUUCCUGUCCUGCCCCAUUGGAAUCGAGGACUUCCGGACCUGGUUCAUCGACCUGUGGAACAACUCCAUCAUCCCUUACCUGCAGGAGGGAGCAAAAGAUGGGCUCAAGGUCCACGGGCAGAAGGCAGCCUGGGAGGACCCCGUGGAGUGGGUGCGGGACACCCUGCCCUGGCCGUCAGCGCAGCAGGACCAGUCCAAGCUGUACCACCUGCCCCCACCCACCAUCGGGCCCCACAGCACCGUUUCCCCUCCCGAGGAGCGCACCGUCAAAGACACGACGCCCAGCUCCCUGGACUCGGACCCUCUGAUGGCCAUGCUGCUGAAGCUCCAGGAAGCCGCCAACUACAUCGAGUCUCCGGACCGUGAGACCAUGGUGGAUCCUGACCUGCAGUCGACUCUGUGAGGCCUGGACAUGCCGGCCCAGGCAGAGGGGAGCCGCUGCCAGCCACCGCUCCCACCGGGCUGCUUUUCUUUUCCUUUGGUAUCCCGGAGCAGAGGGCUGGCGAGCGAGUGGAGAGGAUCAGGGCUCUGGCACGUCCCGGCGGAGCGUGGGGGAGCUCAGCUCAUCCAUGGGAGAGCGUGAGGUGCUGUCUCCCCUCCCGACCCUGGGGGUAGGAGUAUCCUGGUUUCUCUUCUUGGUUUUUUUCUGUCUCUGUUGCAAACUCUCGGGCUUUGGGGCCAGGGCAACUGAUGUGGCUGACCCCCAGCUCCCGGGAGCUGCAGGAAGGCCCCUGUGUGGGGCAGGGACCCCACAGGAGCCACCUGGGCCAAACCUGGGGGGCACAGGAGGAGCGCGUGGCCACAGGACGAGAGUGCGGGUGCGAGGGUCUCCACCUCCCUCUGCACCCAGCCAGGUGUAGCCAAGGGCAGGCGACGAGGGAGCUGCUGCUGCAGGAAGCACUUGCCUUGUGCUGGCUGAGGAGGAGCGCGGCUCUUGCCGCUGUCUUUGUACGUUUCCCUGUUUCACCUGCAUGGCAGCCGCUGUGACCAGGACAGCCCAAUAAACCCUGUUUUGGUUAUUUUAUUUUGUUUCCCCUUUCCCAUUUUCCUUUGGCCGAGUCCAGACUUCACUUUGGUCCCUUUUUUGUUCUGGUUCUUCGCUCUCCUGGCCUGGAGCCCGUGGCCCGGUGCCCGCCCUGUAAGCAGCUCCCUUUCCCUUUGGUUUCUUUUGCAGCUGUUGGUUCCACCACUCAAACCACCUCUGUCACAAAACUGGUGCUUACUGGACAAUCUCCAGUCCCUGAACCCACCUCCUGGGGCCUCACAGCUUGGCUGAGAUGGGACUUGGCAGCUGGUGGCAGUGGGAUGCUCCUGGAGCAGCCCCUUGCCUGGCGGCUCCCCCCUCCCCAAAAGCACAAGGCAGGGUCCCCCCCCCGGCCAGGAUGCCAUGGGGCAUCCCCUCCCCACGGUACCUGGCCCUGGCCGAGGCCCGGGCAUGGGGAGGUUGCUGCUGCCCCAUCCCUGGGCAGCCGGACACCUGCCCCGUCCCAUCCCCUCAGUGCUGGGGGGCACAACCUGCCCCACGUCCCCUUGGUGCUGCCAGGCCCAGGGCUGCGGGUUGGUGAGCUGUGCCUGGGGUAGUCCCCGUGCCUCCCUGGGGCCUGGCAGGGUCUUGCCUUGACUCACGCCGGUGCUUUGGGAGCUCUUAGGACUACCAGGUGCCCUCUGAGCCCUGCCGUGCAGUGUCACGGGUGAGGCUCCUGGCAUGGAGGGGAUCAGCCCCGGUGCUGCUGCGGUGCCUUAAUCCCUGGCUGUGCGGGAAGGGGGUGCGGGGGGCCUGGGCUGGCGUCACAGCCUGCUCCGGCUGCAGUGGCCUGUGCCUGUCCCCAAAGCCAGCACAGCUGGGAUGGGACGGGGGUGCUGGCACAGGCCUGAGCACAGCCAAGCUGGGGCUGCUGCCCUCGGCACCCCUCACUCGUCUGUGCCUGAGCAUGAAUGUGGGGUGCUCAGCUGGGCCAGCACCUCCCUCCCAGCCGCCCCCCCGCCAGCUGCCAUCCAGCUCUGCUGCUGCUCGGCUGGGGCCCUGGAGAGCCUUUUGGGGAGGGGUGACCCAGGGCUGGGGCUGCCGAGCCCAUCCUGUCCCUGAGCCUUGCCGGCCUGGUAACUGGGCAACGUCAGCCCAGCCCUGUGCCGCAACUGCCGUGGCCUUCACGGGUGCCUCACAACCCUCCACAACCGGCAUCUCCUCUGAGGCCCAGCAUUGCCCCCGGUGCUGCUCGGAGGCAGCUGCCACCUCUGCCCUUGGUGCUCUCGGCCGGUGCGUCUUGCCUUGCCGCCUGGUGCAUCCCGGCCGCGGCACACGUGCCCCAUGGUGCUCACUUCUCCGUCUGUCCGACAGCCUCCCCACCGCCCCCCGGGCCGGCCAGCCUGGCCUCUUUGCACAGGGAUGUCCCUCCCCACGCUGGCUUGGACGCUAGGGCUUUCUGUUCGCCUUCUCUUGUGUUGCCGCCAUCGGCUAAGGACUCGCUGUAAAUAGAUCGGUAGUCGAACGCCCUGCGUGAGUUGGUGGGGCCUGGCCCUGUGCCUCUUUCCUUUUUUCUUUCUUUUUUUUUCUUUUUUUUCGUUCUCACUUUUUGUUUUUUUCCACUAUGUGAUAACUGUGCUGUGAUGACUUCUUUUCUGAUUGUAUGAGACACCGGCUCAGCAGCCGCUCGAGGCCGGCAGUGGUGACCCAGCUCUCCUCUCCAGCCCCUCUCGUCCUCCUCGGGGCUCUGGUGCCCAGGGCAGGAAGGGGCACGAUGCACCUUUGGGGGCUGCCCCGUGCCCUAAGGAGUCCCAUGGGUGGAGAGGGCUCACGCACCCCUCUUGCUUUGCAUGGUUUGCAGGCAGCCUUGGCUGGGCCUGACUUUCUUUUCUGAUGCUCCCAGGCAGCCACCAAAACAACCACGCUGUCCCUGUCACUGCCUGACCCGGGGCCGCACUGCCGGGCACCCCCAGCCUGUUUCCCGGGGGUUUGCCGCAUCCUUCCCUGGUGCGGGGCUGGCCGUGUCCCUAUAACCUCAGCUCGGGGCGUGCUGGAGGCGAGUGGCACGCUGUGGUGUAAGUCAGGAGGAAUCCCUGAGGGGAAGGGGAAGGGCGAGGGCGAUGCCAGCAGGAGUGCCCUGGGGUGGUGCAUAGUGGCAUCUUUUGCUGGGCUGGGCUUUCCUGGCUGGAGGGGACGGACGCUGCGGGGUUCCUGCCGGCUUACACUGAGCACCCCAUGUCCCCAAGCAUGGCAGCUGUCUGUGGGUCCUGGGGACAGAACGUCCCCCAGGGCUGCCAAUGUCUGUGGGCUGAGCCCCUGUCCCCGAGGAGACGGGUCCAAGGAUUGCACUAACUCAUCCCCCUGCCACCCCCAAGGGUGCCCGUCACCCCCGAAGGUGCCUGCUUUCCCAAGGGUACUCGUUAUCCCCAAGGGUGCCUGUCACCCCAUAGGAACCAGUUCACCCCCAAGGGUACCCGUCACCCCCAAAGGUGCCAGUUGCCCCCAAAGGUGCCCGUGGCCCCUGGGAGCCCUCCUGGGGGGCUGGAGCAGGGAGACGCCAGUGCACCCCCCUCCCGCCCCCUCGAGCUGCUGCUGCCCGGUGGCCUGAACCUUGCAAUUUUAGCUUUUUUCUAUUAAAAACAAACAACCUUUUUUUAAUUAAAUAAAAGACAAAAUGGACAAAUUCCUGUUUUAGAUGAUCUGUGUAAUUGACUGGGUUUUGUGUUUCUUAAUUGCAUGGUAUUCCUGCCGAGGGGUUUUAUAGCACUUUUUAAAUUUGUCUUUAAGAUUUUGGUCCAGAUUUCUACUGCUCUCGCCUGUCUGUCUUUGCUUUUUCCUUCAUCCUCCAAGUUUGUAAACUCGCUCCAUUUUAUACCUGAUGUUGAGACCCAACCCCACGUUGUACAUAGCUGCGGGAACAAUCAUAGGGAACAAACACCAUCUGGACUCUUUCCGUGAUUAGUUGUUUUUACUUAAAAGAAAUUUUAAAAGAAGUAUAAAAGGAAGCCAGGAAAAGGCUUGAGGAUAUUAUGGAAGACAGAAACAAAUCCAGCCCUGCACCAAGUCAGCUCCUGCUGCCCAUGCUGCCCGCACCAACUGGCAUGUCUCUUCUCGGUCGUCUGUCUAACACCAUUGGAUUCAAUAAAGUUAUCUCCUGUA